CGAUACCUCCUCAUAGGUACAUGGUACUCCGUCCUGUGACAGCUGUUGUACACCCAUCCCACAUCGCGAUGGUCUCUCUCCAUGCCAGCGAGUUCGCUAUCGUCUACUGACUGUGUCUGCGUCAACUCCAUGUUUAGUGUUCCGAAAGGGUCAAGCCGCCACCACCUCCCAGAUCGCUUUCAUCCUCCGACCAUGGGCUCCGUACCUAGUGCAGGCCACAGAUGUCAAUUCGGCUCGUGCUACCGGCAAGCGAUCAACGCAUGCCAAUGACUUGAAGACCAAUCAGCUCCCCAGCCAAGGGAGAUACAAAUUGCUGUAUCUGUCGGACCCCGUCGACCAUGCUUUGGCCCAGUGCUACUUACGUCCUCCAUCCUCAAUAUCUCCACAUCUCCUGACCGUGUACCCCGCCUUUCGACAGCCCUCGACCGAAUAAGGCUGCUUUGCAUCUCCAGUGACUGCGGGGCGCGACUCUAUGCAAUCGACUCGAGCUGCAGGGGGAGCAUGCCGAGGACUAAAGGAUGCUGUCCUGCAUCACAUGUAUCAUAGGCUGGCUCAACGCUAUAAAACCUCGUCUUGUGCUCCCUUGGGUGGCCUUGCUGCUUCCCCUUGGUCUUCUUAAUUGUCAGGAAAUCAACCUUCCCUUUGAUUUAGUCUCACCGUGAUCCUUGCACUGAACCACCGACGCAACCACCAUGACUACAGUAUCGAUUCCCAAACAACAGAAGGCUGCGGUCAAAGUUGGUGAGGGUGCUGAUUCCAAAGCCCCUGUCAAACAGGUCGAUGUGCCAACCCCUGGACCCAGUGAAAUCCUGGUCAAGAUCAACUGGACCGGUCUUUGCGCUUCGGACAAGUCCUUGAUCAAGGAUGAGUGGGCGUCGUUUGGUCUGUCAAUGCUGCCGGCCACAAAAGGUAUUGCCGGCCACGAGGGUGCAGGUGUUGUCGUUGCAGUUGGAGACGACAUGCAUCAUCGGUGGAAGGUAGGAGAUCGUGCCGGCAUCAAAUGGGUUUGGGGUACCUGUGGCGAGUGUGAGUUCUGCACAAACGGCGUCGAUGAGCUCCAUUGUCCGAACCAGAAGAACUCGGGCUUCAGCCAAGCUGGGACGUUCCAAGAAUACGCUUUGAGCGACGGACGAUAUACCACUCGCAUUCCAGAAGGCGUUACCGACGAGGAGGCUGGUCCUAUCAUGUGCGGAGGAGUCACGGCAUACACGGCUUGCAAGAGAAGCGCCGUGAAGCCCGGGCAGUGGAUUGUACUUCCGGGAGCUGGUGGCGGUCUCGGCCAUUUCGCAGUGCAAUAUGCUAAGGCUAUGGGUAUGAGGAUCAUCGCCAUCGAUGGUGGGGAUGAGAAACGCGAUCUUUGCAAACGGCUGGGCGCCGAAGAGUUUAUCGACUUCACAAAGACCCAGGAUAUCGCCGCCGAGGUCAUGCGAAUUACCAAGUACGGAGCCCACGGAGUCAUUGUCACGGCGGCCACAAAGGAAGCCUACGCCUCUGCACCUGGACUGCUUCGUCCAGGCGGCACCGUAGUUGCUGUUGGCCUGCCAAAGGAUCCAACAGUCCUCGCUGGUGCACCUCCCCUCAUGCUGUGCCUAAAGAAAUUGAACGUUGUGGGCAGCGUCGUCGGUACAUUGAAGGACGUUGAAGAAGCACUUGACUUCACCGCUCGGGGUUUGGUCCAUCCGAUCCUGACCAAGGGAACUCUGGAGGAUCUGGACAAGUAUAUCGAUCUCAUGGUUGCCGGCAAGCUUGCAGGCAGGGCAGUGCUUAAGGUGUCGUGAUGGGCGGUGUAUCAAAAUUAGUAUCCGCUAUUCAACAUUUGAAUGAAUGGAAGUAUAUACACCUCAUCUCGGACUGGGACGAACCCCAUUCUCUUCAUGUCCCGUGCUCCUCG